CGAUCUGCUAAGUGGUCGCGGUGGUCUUUGGGGAUCGCGGGGGGGAGCUGCGAGAAGUGGCGUCCGCUAUCUCUUUUUCCACGGCAUGUAAGCCGAGAAGGAGCUCAGGGGGCGACUCCAGGCGAACAGCUCACGGAGCGGCGAGGUGGGGGGGUGGGUUAUCUGCUGCCAUCGUCGUAACAGCUCAUCUGUUGCUGGGCGCGCGGAGACAGGAGCAAGGUGAGACGGAAGGCGAAGACGAAGAGGAUCAGGCACAGACUUUUCCAGUCCGUGUCUACGAUGGCGGCGAUGGUGGUCCUGCUGUUCCUGGGGCUUUUCCAGCUUGCCGUUCCUGGACUUGCUCAAAGUCCGCCAUCUGGUACGGUAAAGAUCCAGGGCUUCACCUAUGGUGGCACUGGCUGUCCGCCUGGCAGUGCCGCCGGCGCAAUCUCCGCCGACGGAAAGGCGCUCACUUUAAUUUUCAGCAACUACACGGUGCUCACCCUAGGAAAUCCAGCCGACCGGCGGAAAAAUUGCCAAGUGGCCGUCAACCUGAGCUAUCCUGUUGGGUUCACGUUUACUCUGGGGGCUGUGACAUUCCGCGGAUACGCCAGCUUCGAAGAAGGCGUCACGGGUGCACUGGCAGCCGCGUACUACAUGUCAGGUGUUCCAGGGACAGUCAGAGUCUUGCACAACCUGCCACCUCCCGCGAACGGCGACUUUGAGAUCACGGACCAGUUCGCACUCUUUCUCUUUGCACAGUGUGGCGAGUCGACGGUGAUGCUCAAUAUCAAUUCCGAGGCAAGAGUGGUGGCUCCACUCCCGCCGAACAAUAACAAAAAGGGCCUGAUCACCGUCGAUACUCAGGAUCUGAAGCUCGAGCAGCAAUUUGGGUUGAGAUGGAAGAGUUGCUAAGGGCAUAUACUCGUACCACAGCUUUUCUGGAGCAUCUGGCGGCAAAUGCAGCCAGCCAGAUCCACUUCAGAAAGUCGUAGCGUGAGGAUGCCCUACGUGUCAACAACUGGGCGGGCGGUCGUUCGACAUCAGCAAGAUACGUGGAGAGAAGCAGAAUGAGCGACCGGGAGCGGAUCGAGUUCGAGAUUUGUGGAUCAAUCUAUCGGCCGCAGCUGCAUUGUCAGGGGCACGCGGUCAGCUAAGAACUGGAGACAUCACCGACACAGGCGAUCGGACGUGUGUGUGUCCGAGAGCACUUAGCUGAUGGAGCUCAAUAGGAAGCCUAGAAAGUUGUGGAACUGGUCAAUCAACGAUCAUUAUAAUUAUUUAUAGUACGUACUUAAUGUCGGGCAGGCGAGCGAGUUUCCACGUCAUGUAAUUUCGAAACCUGGAAAAGAAUACGCUGGCAUGUAGCACUUCCGGCGGUGGGGAAGACCCCAAGCCGAGUGCGAGAACUGUUGCGUAAAGAUGAAGUAGACGGGCGUAGCGAACAGUAAGGCAGGCUACCUAGUGCUCUCUCUCUCUCUCUCUCUCUCUCUCUCUCUCUCUCUCUCUCUCUCUCUGUGUGUGUGUGUGUGUGUGUGUGUGUGUGUGUGUUUCUUUAGUCCUUUUGGUCGCGUGCUCGCUUGCUGAAUGUGUGUUUGUGUGUGCGACGCACAUCUUCAGAGACUCAGUGUGAGUCGACAGAAGGCGCUCAGCGUUGCAGUUAAAUUCAGAGGGAGAAUCUCGACCGUGGAGGCACGAAGUCGGAUAUUAGCUUGAAUAUGAUCUCUUCUCGUAAAGAAGAAUCGUCUUUUCCAAUGAAUUCCUGCAUAUUUU